GUCGGGAUGGCAUCAUGCGGCUAUACGAUAAGCAGUCUCAGAGAGAACGGCUAUUUCGACGACAGCCGAGGUGAAGCGCGCAGACAGAGCGAGCAAGAGCGCCAGACAGACGCACAGCGGCAUCGUUAGCUGCAGUGCAGCUUUAUUUACGCUCAUUACCAUUAGCCAAUGACGGCCUGUGGCCCAUUUAUUACACAUUUCGCCCUGGCCACAGCCGCGGCCUUACGUACACGUCGUUAGCGUCAGGCUGUCAGCCAUCGCUAGAUAGCGUCCAAUGGGCGGCGAUUGCUCCGCUCUCUCUUACGCUGACAAUCAGGCAGAAUUGCGUUGCAUGCUAGCGCUAUUCCAUAUAUUCCGCCCUGUUCUGUCAGCUUCCGAUCUACUUUUCACCGAUCCUACCCAAUUGCAAUACGCACGUAUUCAGGAAAUCCAUCUAACAUCCGCCACACAUUCGCUCUUGCCAAGACAUUGCGUAUUUACUUGCCAAGAAGCCAUCUAUUCUGCUUCUUCACUAGUGAAGUCUCCGCCAUUUCCUGAAUUGCAGUCAGCGUUGUUUAGCACGCACGAGGUUAAUUGCGCGAAAUUCCGCUGCGCGGUAAUCGCAUGCCCAUUGCACGUAGAAAUGAUGGCCGUUUGCAGGGGAAUAUAAUGGUUAUUUAUUGUGUGCGACUGGCAUCAUCAUCCUGAUUUAUGCUCUCCUCAUUCCGAAGGCGCACAACUACGGCAGCGCUAGUUAUACUUAACGCCGGCACGGAGGCGCUUUAAGUUGCAGUGCUGCAGCUGAAGCGGUUGGGUUGGCGCGGCGCAUAACCAUAAUCAUAAUCAUCAUCAUUAUCAUCAUCAUCAUAAAUUUCCAGUUAAUGUUAACAGGACCAUUACGGCACUGUACAGAUACAGCCAGUGUCUUGGCCGCUGUAUACGUACCGGCGCUGAGACGUUAGCCGCAUCCUUGUAUUAUGAUAUAUACAUACGGGAUUGAUGAUUGUUGAUGGUUAUUGCAUUCUGAUUCGCCCAUCAUCAUUACCAUCAUUCAGUCUGUGCUGUGUAUAAGCAGGAUCGGUGAGCGGUGUGUGCAGCACGGAAGGAGCAAUUAAUUGGCCGCGGCUGGAACGUCUCAACGACCUUCCACGAUCCGCAGCAGAAGCCCUGCACUGCACUGAUAAUCAUAUACAUACAGAUAUUGGCAAUCUGCGAGCCAGCGGCAGCCAGCCGGAACGCCGCAGCAACUUUCUCUUCCGCCUCAUCCGAUCCGACCCGUUCGCUGCAUCGGCCGCGGCCAUCAUUAAUCACCACACACAACAAUAUUAGCUGUCACUUUCCCAAGGAUGGACGCCGCCAACGGACAUCCGCUGUGCGGCCACGGCUACGGCUACGGCGGGGCCGCGGCGGCCGCCUCCAAAUUCCUGUACCCGGGCUACCGGCAGUCAGCGGUCGGGGGCAUGGUCAACGGUUCGGCGGGGAGCGGCACCUUCCCGGUGUACCAGCCGCCCAACAGCUACAACGGCUACCCGGUGCACCAGUCCGCCUCUCCGUAUUACCCCGGCAUGGCCUCCAGCCAGCACGCCACCAAGGCCAGCUCGCCCACUAACCACUUCUGGCCCUCCGCCUACCCCUUCGACCCCGCCACCGCCGUCGAGCCCUUCCAUCAGCCCUUUUCGCCGGCGUCUAACCACCACUACUCUCACAAUCCAACCGUUUUAAACUCGAAUCAUUUCGACGAGUCGGGCGUGAUUUCCUACGGCGGGAUGCCGGUGCCGGCCCACCAGCCCCUCUCCGACAUCCCCUACCAGUCUACCCACCGCCAGCGCGCCUCCAACAGCGGUGACCUUUACCAGUCCCCACCGGCCGCUGCGGCGCGCUACGCCCCGCACAGCCCAGAACAGCCAGCGCAUUCCAAGAGCGGCACCGCCGUCUCCAGCCCGGCGCACAGCCUGCACAGUGACAUGAAGCCUCUCAGCCACCACGGGAAUCCCGCGGUGCCCACCAGCGAGGCGCAGCCAUGCGUGCAGAGUAAUCAGCAGCAGCAAUCCGCCGAUGCGAUGGCGACGGAUGACGCCGAGGAGGAGGACGGCGACGACGCCGAUUCGGCCGCCAACGAGCAGGCCGCCGCGAACGACGGGUUUCUCAUUAAGACGGAAGAGGCCAAGCCGCACAUCCAGGAAUUAAGCCCCUCCCACCACCAUCCGGUCAUCUAUCCCUGGAUGAAGAAGGCCUACACCGGCAACCACCAUGGAAGCGCUGACCCGUAUCGCAGCAGCAACCGCAGCGCCGCGUACGGCGGAGGCGGCGCGGACAGCCCGAACGGCAGUCUGAGCGGGACCGGCAUCGGGCCGAGCAGCGGGCCGCUGAGCGCCGCCACCGCCGGCCACCUGGAGACCAAACGCCAGCGGACGGCCUACACGCGCCAUCAGAUUCUGGAGCUCGAAAAGGAGUUUUAUUACAACCGCUACCUCACACGCCGGCGCCGCAUCGAGAUCGCCCAUACGCUGCAGCUCACCGAGCGCCAAAUCAAAAUAUGGUUCCAGAACCGGCGGAUGAAGUGGAAGAAGGACCACAAACUGCCCAACACGAAGCCCUCCAGCAACAACCACCACCACCUGCACCACGGCAGCACCACCGCCGUCAGCUGCGGCCCGGGCAGCAACGGGCCGCUGGGCCAGCACGGCCACGGCCACCAUUCGGCGGGCCAGACGCACGGCCCCGCCCACCCAACCCACAUCGGGCACGGCGUCAUCAUGCAGCAGUUGGCGGCGGCGGCCAGCGGCAGUCCAUCCAGCAUGGCCUGAACUCCACUGAACGCUGCUUAUAUGCAGCCAAACAGCGUGUGCAGCGCGCUGACCUAAAAUGGAUCGACCGGUUUAGCCAGCUUCCGAUGGAGCGACGGCUCCCUCUCCUCUCUCAACUCCCUCGCAUGUAUCUGCCGCAGACAACACCGACUGACGUUGUUCUGCGUUUCCACAUGCCAAAGACUGAAUUUUGUUGUUUCGCUGAAGAGUUUCCUUCGCAUGCGCAUGCUAAUGUCGACUGUACAGUGUACAGACAUUUCAUCGGUUCCCUAUGUUAUACGCUUAUUUCCGGGCAGAAUGGAAGACGUUGCGCUCGCUGCCGAAUUCUAUGCGGCACAGCGCAGCGCGUGAUCCGUGAUGAAUUUUCUACAACGACCUCAAUCAUUUAUAUCUGCAGAAUCCUGCAGACUCUUAGAUUAACGAACUAGGAUUAUUGGAACGCGGUUAAGCAUGUGUUGUAAUUUAAUUUAAUUUCUAGAAACUGUUGCGCGGUAUAUUAUUCCACUGUGGUCGUUUUUGUUCACUGUAUCUGUGCGGGCCGUCGC